AUGGAGGGGAGAUGGAGGGAGGAGGUGGAAAGGGAGUUGGAGGAGGAGAGGAGGAGGAGGGAGGUGGCGGAGAAGGGGAGGGAGGAGGCAGAGAGCAGGAGGGAGGAGGGUGAGAGUGAGAGAGAGGAGGCUGUGAGGAGGGCAAGGGAUGUGGAGAAAGAAGGGGAGAGAGUGAGGGAGGAGGUGGAGAGGGAAAAGAGGGAUAUUGAAGGGAGAGGGAGGAGAUGGUUAGGGAAAGGGACGAGGCUGAAAGGAGGAGGAGGGGGGGAGGAGGAAGCGAGGAGGAAAAUUGCAGAGGAGGAGUGUGUGGAGGCGAGGAGGAGGAGAGAGAUUGUCGAGAGGGAGAGAGAGGAGGCGUUAGAAGCAGCAGAGGGAGCAGAGAGAGCAAAGAGGGAAGCGGAGAGGGUGAGAGAGGCUGCUGAGAGAGAGAAGGUUGAAGCAGAGAGGGCAAUGGAAGGGGCUUUAAGAGAGAGGGAUAUGGCAUUAUUGAAGGUGGAGGAAGCUGCCAAGAAGAUUCUCGAUGCUGAACGGAUGAGGGUUGAGGCGAGACGCGUGUGGGAAGAUUCGGAUAAGAUCCGGGCAGAAGCGGAAAGUGCGCAGGCUGAGGCUGAGAAACUUCGGGCAGCUGCAGAAAAGUUUAGGGCGGAGUCGGAGCUGGUUCGGGCAGCUGCAGAAAUGGCCAAGGGGGAGGCUGAGGCGAUGAAACGUGAGGUGGAAGUUUUGCGGGCAGAAACGGCGGCGGCUUUGGCUGCCCGGGAAGAGGAACGUGCGAAGAAGAUUGGCCUGGAGGGGAAGAUGGAAUCUCUACUGCUGACCAUGGAAGCACAAAAAUGGGCAGGGGGGGGUAGGUUGAGUGAAGGAGAGGAAGGGGAGAGAAUGAGGGAAGCAAGGAAGAGAAUGGAAGAAGCAGAAAAGGUGGCACAUGAUUUGAGAGUGUGGGGUAGGCAAUUGCAAGCGGAGCUGCUCAAAGGAGAGGAGGAGAGGAGGGGGCUUGAAGAAAAGUGUAGGAAGGUGGAAGGGAGAGUGAGGGAUGUGCAGAGAGUGAGGGAGGAGGCGGAUAGGGGGAGAGAGAGGGCAGAGAGAGAAAGGGAGGAGAUGGUUGGGAGGAUGAAGGAGGUGGAAGGAGAAGUGGCGAGGCUUAGAAGGGAGGUGAAACGGCUGAUGGGAGAGGAGGUGGGAGAGGAGAAAGAGGAGGAGGAGGGAAAGGGAGGUGAGGAUGAGGGUUCGAACCUUCAAGCUACUUUGAUUACAGAUGCUCAUGCUUUGAAGGACACAUCAAACGGGACAGUAGGAGAGGGGCACACUGCAGAAGAUGAAACGACAGUGGGAUGCUCUGAAAGGGUUACAGACGGUUGGAAGAAACCUAGGAGGCUGAGCCCGUUUGAAGUACCUAGCAGCAAAAUUGAUGAGCCGAAGCAGAAGCAACAGAAGGAGCAGGAGCAGGAGCAAGGAACACACAAGGAGAUGAGUGAGGGGGAGGAGGACGAGCAGGUAAAGGAAAUUCUGACAGUGUGUGAAGGGCACCACGAACAACGAGAGGCAGAGAAUCAACUUGCUGGAGUUGAGGGGCAGCGGCUACAGCUAGGAUUGACGGCAGUAGAAAGACGGGAGGAGGAGCAGAUCCUAGGAGAGGAGGCGGAGAGGGUUAUACAGGAACUGGAGAACGCUCUUAGCGAGUCAGAGAGGAGGAGAGUGAGUGCUGAGCAUGAGAGGGAUGUUGCAGCGCGGGAGAGGGAUUCAGCAGAAAGGGAAAGGGACGCAGCAGAGAGACGGCUGGCUGAGAGGGAGAAGGAGAGGGAAGAAAACGAGAGGGAGAGUGACAGGCAGCAGGAAGAAGAAGAGAACGGAAGGGAGGAGGCUGAACGAGCAAGGAGUGAGGCUGAGCAGAAGAGAGAGGAGGCUGAGGCAGCGAAAUGCGAAGCGGAGAAAGAGAGGGAGGAAGCGGAGAAGGCAAGGAGUGAGGCUGAGCAGAAGAGGGAGGAAGCGGAGAAGGCAAGGAGUGAGGCUGAGCAGAAGAGGGAGGAAGCGGAGAAGGCAAGGAGUGAGGCUGAGCAGAAGAGAGAGGAGGCUGAGGCAGCGAAAUGCGAGGCGGAGAAAGAGAGGGAGGAAGCGGAGAAGGCAAGGAGUGAGGCUGAGCAGAAGAGAGAGGAGGCUGAGGCAGCGAAAUGCGAGGCAGAGGAAGAGAGAAAGGAAGCGGAGAAGGCAAGGAGUGAGGCUGAGCAGAAGAGAGAGGAGGCUGAGGCAGCGAAAUGCAAGGCAGAGGAAGAGAGAAAGGAAGCGGAGAAGGCAAGGAGUGAGGCUGAGCAGAAGAGAGAGGAGGCUGAGGCAGCGAAAUGCGAGGCAGAGGAAGAGAGAAAGGAAGCGGAGAAGGCAAGGAGUGAGAAUGAGCAGAAGAGAGAGGAGGCUGAGGCAGCGAAAUGCGAGGCAGAGGAAGAGAGAAAGGAAGCGGAGAAGGCAAGGAGUGAGGCUGAGCAGAAGAGGGAGGAAGCAGAGAAAGCAAGGAGUGAGUCUGAGGAGAAAGAGAGGGAGGAAGCGGAGAAGGCAAGGAGUGAGGCUGAGCAUAAGAGGGAGGAGGCUAAGGCAGCGAAAUGCGAGGCAGAGGAAGAGAGAAAGGAAGCGGAGAAGGCAAGGAGUGAGGCUGAGCAGAAGAGGGAGGAAGCAGAGAAAGCAAGGAGUGAGUCUGAGGAGAAAGAGAGGGAGGAAGCGGAGAAGGCAAGGAGUGAGGCUGAGCAGAAGAGAGAGGAGGCUGAGGCAGCGAAAUGCGUUGCAGAGAAAGAGAGGGAGGAAGCGGAGAAGGCAAGGAGUGAGGCUGAGCAGAAGAGAGAGGAGGCUGAGGCAGCGAAAUGCGAGGCGGAGAAAGAGAGGGAGGAAGCGGAGAAGGCAAGGAGUGAGGCUGAGCAGAAGAGGGAGGAAGCAGAGAAGGCGAGGAGUGAGGCUGAGCAGAAGAGAGAGGAGGCUGAGGCAGCGAAAUGCGAAGCGGAGAAAGAGAGGGAGGAAGCGGAGAAGGCAAGGAGUGAGGCUGAGCAGAAGAGGGAGGAAGCAGAGAAGGCGAGGAGUGAGGCUGAGCAGAAGAGAGAGGAGGCUGAAGCAGCGAAAUGCGAAGCGGAGAAAGAGAGGGAGGAAGCGGAGAAGGCAAGGAGUGAGGCUGAGCAGAAGAGAGAGGAGGCUGAGGCAGCGAAAUGCGAAGCGGAGAAAGAGAGGGAGGAAGCGGAGAAGGCAAGGACGGAGAAGGCAAGGAGUGAGGCUGAGCAGAAGAGAGAGGAGGCUGAGGCAGCGAAAUGCGAAGCGGAGAAAGAGAGGGAGGAAGCGGAGAAGGCAAGGAGUGAGGCGGAGCAGAAGAGAGAGGAGGCUGAAGCAGCAAAAUGCGAAGCGGAGAAUGAGAGGGAGGAAGCAGAGAAGGCGAGGAGUGAGGCUGAGCAGAAGAGGGAGGAAGCAGAGAAGGCGAGGAGUGAGGCUGAGCAGAAGAGAGAGGAGGCUGAAGCAACGAAAUGCGAAGCGGAGAAAGAGAGGGAGGAAGCAGAGAAGGCGAGGAGUGAGGCUGAGCAGAAGAGAGAGGAGGCUGAGGCUGCGAAAGGCGAGGCGGAGAAAGAGAGGGAGGAAGCGGAGAAGGCAAGGAGUGAGGCUGAGCAGAAGAGAGAGGAGGCUGAGGCAGCGAAAUGCGAAGCGGAGAAAGAGAGGGAGGAAGCGGAGAAGGCAAGGAGUGAGGCUGAGCAGAAGAGAGAGGAGGCUGAGGCAGCAAAAUGCAAAGCGGAGAAAGAGAGGGAGGAAGCGGAGAAGGCAAGGAGUGAGGCUGAGCAGAAGAGGGAGGAAGCAGAGAAGGCGAGGAGUGAGGCUGAGCAGAAGAGAGAGGAGGCUGAAGCAGCGAAAUGCGAAGCGGAGAAAGAGAGGGAGGAAGCGGAGAAGGCAAGGAGUGAGGCUGAGCAGAAGAGAGAGGAGGCUGAGGCAGCGAAAUGCGAAGCGGAGAAAGAGAGGGAGGAAGCGGAGAAGGCAAGGACGAAAUGCGAAGCGGAGAAAGAGAGGGAGGAAGCGGAGAAGGCAAGGAGUGAGGCGGAGCAGAAGAGAGAGGAGGCUGAAGCAGCAAAAUGCGAAGCGGAGAAUGAGAGGGAGGAAGCAGAGAAGGCGAGGAGUGAGGCUGAGCAGAAGAGGGAGGAAGCAGAGAAGGCGAGGAGUGAGGCUGAGCAGAAGAGAGAGGAGGCUGAAGCAACGAAAUGCGAAGCGGAGAAAGAGAGGGAGGAAGCAGAGAAGGCGAGGAGUGAGGCUGAGCAGAAGAGAGAGGAGGCUGAGGCUGCGAAAGGCGAGGCGGAGAAAGAGAGGGAGGAAGCGGAGAAGGCAAGGAGUGAGGCUGAGCAGAAGAGAGAGGAGGCUGAGGCAGCGAAAUGCGAAGCGGAGAAAGAGAGGGAGGAAGCGGAGAAGGCAAGGAGUGAGGCUGAGCAGAAGAGAGAGGAGGCUGAAGCAGCAAAAUGUGAAGCGGAGAAAGAGAGGGAGGAAGCGGAGAAGGCAAGGAGUGAGGCUGAGCAGAAGAGGGAGGAAGCAGAGAAGGCGAGGAGUGAGGCUGAGCAGAGGAGAGAGGAGGCUGAGGCUGCGAAAGGCGAGGCGGAGAAAGAGAGGGAGGAAGCGGAGAAGGCAAGGAGUGAGGCUGAGCAGAAGAGAGAGGAGGCUGAGGCAGCGAAAUGCGAAGCGGAGAAAGAGAGGGAGGAAGCGGAGAAGGCAAGGAGUGAGGCUGAGCAGAAGAGAGAGGAGGCUGAGGCAGCGAAAUGCGAAGCGGAGAAAGAGAGGGAGGAAGCGGAGAAGGCAAGGAGUGAGGCUGAGCAGAAGAGGGAGGAAGCAGAGAAGGCGAGGAGUGAGGCUGAGCAGAAGAGAGAGGAGGCUGAGGCUGCGAAAGGCGAGGCGGAGAAAGAGAGGGAGGAAGCGGAGAAGGCAAGGAGUGAGGCUGAGCAGAAGAGAGAGGAGGCUGAGGCAGCGAAAUGCGAAGCGGAGAAAGAGAGGGAGGAAGCGGAGAAGGCAAGGAGUGAGGCUGAGCAGAAGAGAGAGGAGGCUGAGGCAGCGAAAUGCGAAGCGGAGAAAGAGAGGGAGGAAGCGGAGAAGGCAAGGAGUGAGGCUGAGCAGAAGAGAGGGGAGGCUGAAGCAGCAAAAUGCGAAGCGGAGAAAGAGAGGGAGGAAGGGCAGAAGGCAAGGAGUGAGGCUGAGCAGAAGAGGGAGGAAGCAGAGAAGGCGAGGAGUGAGGCUGAGCAGAAGAGAGAGGAGGCUGAGGCAGCGAAAUGCGAAGCGGAGAAAGAGAGGGAGGAAGCGGAGAAGGCAAGGAGUGAGGCGGAGCAGAAGAGAGAGGAGGCUGAAGCAGCAAAAUGCGAGGCGGAGAAAGAGAGGGAGGAAGCGGAGAAGGCAAGGAGUGAGGCUGAGCAGAAGAGAGAGGAGGCUGAAGCAGCAAAAUGCGAAGCGGAGAAUGAGAGGGAGGAAGCAGAGAAGGCGAGGAGUGAGGCUGAGCAGAAGAGGGAGGAAGCAGAGAAGGCGAGGAGUGAGGCUGAGCAGAAGAGAGAGGAGGCUGAAGCAACGAAAUGCGAAGCGGAGAAAGAGAGGGAGGAAGCAGAGAAGGCGAGGAGUGAGGCUGAGCAGAAGAGAGAGGAGGCUGAGGCUGCGAAAGGCGAGGCGGAGAAAGAGAGGGAGGAAGCGGAGAAGGCAAGGAGUGAGGCUGAGCAGAAGAGGGAGGAAGCAGAGAAGGCGAGGAGUGAGGCUGAGCAGAAGAGAGGGGAGGCUGAAGCAACGAAAUGCGAAGCGGAGAAAGAGAGGGAGGAAGCGGAGAAGGCAAGGAGCAGCGAAAUGCGAAGCGGGGAGAGAGAGGAGGAAGCGGAGAAGGCAAGGAGUGAGGCUGAGCAGAAGAGAGAGGAGGCUGAGGCAGCGAAAUGCGAGGCGGAGAAAGAGAGGGAGGAAGCGGAGAAGGCAAGGAGUGAGGCUGAGCAAAAGAGAGAGGAGGCUGAGGCAGUGAAAUUCGAGGCGGAGAAAGAGAGGGAGGAAGCGGAGAAGGCAAGGGGUGAGGCCGAGCAAAAGAGGGAGGAAGCGGAGAAGGCAAGGAGUGAGGCUGAGCAGAAGAGGGAGGAAGCAGAGAAGGCGAGGAGUGAGGCUGAGCAGAAGAGAGAGGAGGCUGAGGCAGCGAAAUGCGAAGCGGAGAAAGAGAGGGAGGAAGCGGAGAAGGCAAGGAGUGAGGCUGAGCAGAAGAGAGAGGAGGCUGAGGCAGCGAAAUGCGAAGCGGAGAAAGAGAGGGAGGAAGCGGAGAAGGCAAGGAGUGAGGCUGAGCAGAAGAGAGAGGAGGCUGAAGCAGCAAAAUGCGAAGCGGAGAAUGAGAGGGAGGAAGCAGAGAAGGCGAGGAGUGAGGCUGAGCAGAAGAGGGAGGAAGCAGAGAAGGCGAGGAGUGAGGCUGAGCAGAAGAGAGAGGAGGCUGAGGCUGCGAAAGGCGAGGCGGAGAAAGAGAGGGAGGAAGCGGAGAAGGCAAGGAGUGAGGCUGAGCAGAAGAGAGAGGAGGCUGAGGCAGCGAAAUGCGAAGCGGAGAAAGAGAGGGAGGAAGCGGAGAAGGCAAGGAGUGAGGCUGAGCAGAAGAGAGAGGAGGCUGAGGCAGCGAAAUGCGAAGCGGAGAAAGAGAGGGAGGAAGCGGAGAAGGCAAGGAGUGAGGCUGAGCAGAAGAGAGGGGAGGCUGAAGCAGCAAAAUGCGAAGCGGAGAAAGAGAGGGAGGAAGCGGAGAAGGCAAGGAGUGAGGCUGAGCAGAAGAGGGAGGAAGCAGAGAAGGCGAGGAGUGAGGCUGAGCAGAGAAGAGAGGAGGCUGAGGCAGCGAAAUGCGAAGCGGAGAAAGAGAGGGAGGAAGCGGAGAAGGCAAGGAGUGAGGCUGAGCAGAAGAGGGAGGAAGCAGAGAAGGCGAGGAGUGAGGCUGAGCAGAAGAGAGAGGAGGCUGAGGCAGCGAAAUGCGAGGCGGAGAAAGAGAGGGAGGAAGUGGAGAGGCAAGGAGCUGCGAAAUGCGAAGCGGAGAAAGAGAGGGAGGAAGCGGAGAAGGCAAGGAGUGAGGCUGAGCAGAAGAGAGAGGAGGCUGAGGCAGCGAAAUGCGAAGCGGAGAAAGAGAGGGAGGAAGCGGAGAAGGCAAGGAGUGAGGCUGAGCAGAAGAGGGAGGAAGCAGAGAAGGCGAGGAGUGAGGCUGAGCAGAGGAGAGAGGAGGCUGAGGCUGCGAAAGGCGAGGCGGAGAAAGAGAGGGAGGAAGCGGAGAAGGCAAGGAGUGAGGCUGAGCAGAAGAGAGAGGAGGCUGAGGCAGCGAAAUGCGAAGCGGAGAAAGAGAGGGAGGAAGCGGAGAAGGCAAGGAGUGAGGCUGAGCAGAAGAGAGAGGAGGCUGAGGCAGCGAAAUGCGAGGCGGAGAAAGAGAGGGAGGAAGCGGAGAAGGCAAGGAGUGAGGCUGAGCAGAAGAGAGAGGAGUCUGAGGCAGCAAAAUGCGAAGCGGAGAAAGAGAGGGAGGAAGCGGAGAAGGCAAGGAGUGAGGCUGAGCAGAAGAGGGAGGAAGCAGAGAAGGCGAGGAGUGAGGCUGAGCAGAAGAGAGAGGAGGCUGAAGCAGCGAAAUGCGAAGCGGAGAAAGAGAGGGAGGAAGCGGAGAAGGCAAGGAGUGAGGCUGAGCAGAAGAGGGAGGAAGCAGAGAAGGCGAGGAGUGAGGCUGAGCAGAAGAGAGAGGAGGCUGAGGCAGCGAAAUGCGAAGCGGAGAAAGAGAGGGAGGAAGCGGAGAAGGCAAGGAGUGAGGCUGAGCAGAAGAGGGAGGAAGCAGAGAAGGCGAGGAGUGAGGCUGAGCAGAAGAGAGAGGAGGCUGAGGCAGCGAAAUGCGAAGCGGAGAAAGAGAGGGAUGAAGCAGAGAAGGCAAGGAGUGAGGCUGAGCAGAAGAGGGAGGAGGCUGAAGUAGCAAAAUGCGAAGCGGAGAAAGAGAGGGAGGAAGCGGAGAAGGCAAGGAGUGAGGCUGAGCAGAAGAGGGAGGAAGCAGAGAAGGCGAGGAGUGAGGCUGAGCAGAAGAGAGAGGAGGCUGAGGCAGCGAAAUGCGAGGCGGAGAAAGAGAGGGAGGAAGCGGAGAAGGCAAGGAGUGAGGCUGAGCAGAAGAGAGAGGAGGCUGAGGUAGCAAAAUGCGAGGCAGAGAAAGAGAGGGACGAAGCAGAGAAGGCAAGGAGUGAGGCUGAGCAGAAGAGAGAGGAGGCUGAGGCAGCGAAAUGCGAAGCGGAGAAAGAGAGGGAGGAAGCGGAGAAGGCAAGGACGGAGAAGGCAAGGAGUGAGGCUGAGCAGAAGAGGGAGGAAGCGGAGAAGGCAAGGAGUGAGGCUGAGCAGAAGAGAGAGGAGGCUGAAGCAGCGAAAUGCGAAGCGGAGAAAGAGAGGGAGGAAGCGGAGAAGGCAAGGAGUGAGGCUGAGCAGAAGAGGGAGGAAGCAGAGAAGGCGAGGAGUGAGGCUGAGCAGAAGAGAGAGGAGGCUGAGGCAGCGAAAUGCGAGGCGGAGAAAGAGAGGGAGGAAGCGGAGAAGGCAAGGAGUGAGGCUGAGCAGAAGAGGGAGGAAGCGGAGAAGGCAAGGAGUGAGGCUGAGCAGAAGAGAGAGGAGGCUGAAGCAGCAAAAUGCGAAGCGGAGAAAGAGAGGGAGGAAGCGGAGAAGGCAAGGAGUGAGGCUGAGCAGAAGAGAGGGGAGGCUGAAGCAGCAAAAUGCGAAGCGGAGAAAGAGAGGGAGGAAGCGGAGAAGGCAAGGAGUGAGGCUGAGCAGAAGAGGGAGGAAGCAGAGAAGGCGAGGAGUGAGGCUGAGCAGAAGAGAGAGGAGGCUGAGGCUGCGAAAGGCGAGGCGGAGAAAGAGAGGGAGGAAGCGGAGAAGGCAAGGAGUGAGGCUGAGCAGAAGAGAGAGGAGGCUGAGGCAGCGAAAUGCGAAGCGGAGAAAGAGAGGGAGGAAGCGGAGAAGGCAAGGAGUGAGGCUGAGCAGAAGAGAGAGGAGGCCGAGGCAGCGAAAUGCGAAGCGGAGAAAGAGAGGGAGGAAGCGGAGAAGGCAAGGAGUGAGGCUGAGCAGAAGAGAGGGGAGGCUGAAGCAGCAAAAUGCGAAGCGGAGAAAGAGAGGGAGGAAGCGGAGAAGGCAAGGAGUGAGGCUGAGCAGAAGAGGGAGGAAGCAGAGAAGGCGAGGAGUGAGGCUGAGCAGAAGAGAGAGGAGGCUGAGGCUGCGAAAGGCGAGGCGGAGAAAGAGAGGGAGGAAGCGGAGAAGGCAAGGAGUGAGGCUGAGCAGAAGAGAGAGGAGGCUGAGGCAGCGAAAUGCGAAGCGGAGAAAGAGAGGGAGGAAGCGGAGAAGGCAAGGAGUGAGGCUGAGCAGAAGAGAGAGGAGGCUGAGGCAGCGAAAUGCGAAGCGGAGAAAGAGAGGGAGGAAGCGGAGAAGGCAAGGAGUGAGGCUGAGCAGAAGAGAGGGGAGGCUGAAGCAGCAAAAUGCGAAGCGGAGAAAGAGAGGGAGGAAUGGGAGAAGGCAAGGAGUGAGGCUGAGCAGAAGAGGGAGGAAGCAGAGAAGGCGAGGAGUGAGGCUGAGCAGAAGAGAGAGGAGGCUGAGGCAGCGAAAUGCGAAGCGGAGAAAGAGAGGGAGGAAGCGGAGAAGGCAAGGAGUGAGGCGGAGCAGAAGAGAGAGGAGGCUGAAGCAGCAAAAUGCGAAGCGGAGAAAGAGAGGGAGGAAGCGGAGAAGGCAAGGAGUGAGGCUGAGCAGAAGAGGGAGGAGGCUGAAGCAGCAAAAUGCGAGGCGGAGAAAGAGAGGGAGGAAGCGGAGAAGGCAAGGAGUGAGGCUGAGCAGAAGAGGGAGGAAGCAGAGAAGGCGAGGAGUGAGGCUGAGCAGAAGAGAGAGGAGGCUGAAGCAGCGAAAUGCGAAGCGGAGAAAGAGAGGGAGGAAGCGGAGAAGGCAAGGAGUGAGGCUGAGCAGAGGAGGGAUGAAGCGGAGAAGGCAAGGAGUGAGGCUGAGCAGAAGAGAGAGGAGGCUGAGGCAGCGAAAUGCGAAGCGGAGAAAGAGAGGGAGGAAGCGGAGAAGGCAAGGAGUGAGGCGGAGCAGAAGAGAGAGGAGGCUGAAGCAGCAAAAUGCGAAGCGGAGAAUGAGAGGGAGGAAGCAGAGAAGGCGAGGAGUGAGGCUGAGCAGAAGAGGGAGGAAGCAGAGAAGGCGAGGAGUGAGGCUGAGCAGAAGAGAGAGGAGGCUGAAGCAACGAAAUGCGAAGCGGAGAAAGAGAGGGAGGAAGCAGAGAAGGCGAGGAGUGAGGCUGAGCAGAAGAGAGAGGAGGCUGAGGCUGCGAAAGGCGAGGCGGAGAAAGAGAGGGAGGAAGCGGAGAAGGCAAGGAGUGAGGCUGAGCAGAAGAGGGAGGAAGCAGAGAAGGCGAGGAGUGAGGCUGAGCAGAAGAGAGAGGAGGCUGAGGCAGCGAAAUGCGAAGCGGAGAAAGAGAGGGAGGAAGCGGAGAAGGCAAGGAGUGAGGCUGAGCAGAAGAGGGAGGAAGCAGAGAAGGCGAGGAGUGAGGCUGAGCAGAAGAGAGGGGAGGCUGAAGCAACGAAAUGCGAAGCGGAGAAAGAGAGGGAGGAAGCGGAGAAGGCAACGAAUGAGGCUGAGCAGAAGAGGGAGGAAGCAGAGAAGGCGAGGAAUGAGUCUGAGCUGAAGAGAGAGGAGGCUGAAGCUGCAAAAUGCGAAGCGGAGAAAGAGAGGGAGGAAGCGGAGAAGGCAAGGAGUGAGGCUGAGCAGAAGAGGGAGGAAGCAGAGAAGGCGAGGAGUGAGGCUGAGCAGAAGAGAGAGGAGGCUGAGGCAGCGAAAUGCGAAGCGGGGAGAGAGAGGGAGGAAGCGGAGAAGGCAAGGAGUGAGGCUGAGCAGAAGAGGGAGGAAGCAGAGAAGGCGAGGAGUGAGGCUGAGCAGAAGAGAGAGGAGGCUGAGGCAGCGAAAUGCGAUGUGGAGAAAGAGAGGGAGGAAGCGGAGAAGGCAAGGAGUGAGGCUGAGCAGAAGAGAGAGGAGGCUGAGGCAGCGAAAUGCGAAGCGGAGAAAGAGAGGGAGGAAGCGGAGAAGGCAAGGAGUGAGGCUGAGCAGAAGAGAGAGGAGGCUGAAGCAGCAAAAUGCGAAGCGGAGAAAGAGAGGGAGGAAGCGGAGAAGGCAAGGAGUGAGGCUGAGCAGAAGAGGGAGGAAGCAGAGAAGGCGAGGAGUGAGGCUGAGCAGAGAAGAGAGGAGGCUGAGGCAGCGAAAUGCGAAGCGGAGAAAGAGAGGGAGGAAGCGGAGAAGGCAAGGAGUGAGGCGGAGCAGAAGAGAGAGGAGGCUGAAGCAGCAAAAUGCGAGGCGGAGAAAGAGAGGGAGGAAGCGGAGAAGGCAAGGAGUGAGGCGGAGCAGAAGAGUGAAGAAGCAGAGAAGGCGAGGAGUGAGGCUGAGCAGAAGAGAGAGGAGGCUGAAGCAGCAAAAUGCGAAGCGGAGAAAGAGAGGGAGGAAGCGGAGAAGGCAAGGAGUGAGGCUGAGCAGAAGAGGGAGGAAGCAGAGAAGGCGAGGAGUGAGGCUGAGCAGAAGAGAGAGGAGGCUGAGGCAGCGAAAUGCGAGGCGGAGAAAGAGAGGGAGGAAGCGGAGAAGGCAAGGAGUGAGGCUGAGCAGAAGAGAGAGGAGGCUGAAGCAGCAAAAUGCGAAGCGGAGAAAGAGAGGGAGGAAGCGGAGAAGGCAAGGAGUGAGGCUGAGCAGAAGAGGGAGGAGGCUGAAGCAGCAAAAUGCGAAGCGGAGAAAGAGAGGGAGGAAGCGGAGAAGGCAAGGAGUGAGGCUGAGCAGAAGAGGGAGGAAGCAGAGAAGGCGAGGAGUGAGGCUGAGCAGAAGAGAGAGGAGGCUGAGGCAGCGAAAUGCGAAGCGGAGAAAGAGAGGGACGAAGCAGUGAAGGCAAGGAGUGAGGCUGAGCAGAAGAGAGAGGAGGCUGAGGCAGCGAAAUGCGAAGCGGAGAAAGAGAGGGAGGAAGCGGAGAAGACAAGGAGUGAGGCUGAGCUGAAGAGAGGGAGGAAGCGGAGAAGGCAAGGAAAGAGAGAGGAGGCUGAGGCAGCGAAAUGCGAAGCGGAGAAAGAGAGGGAGGAAGCGGAGAAGGCAAGGAGUGAGGCGGAGCAGAAGAGAGAGGAGGCUGAAGCAGCAAAAUGCGAAGCGGAGAAUGAGAGGGAGGAAGCAGAGAAGGCGAGGAGUGAGGCUGAGCAGAAGAGAGAGGAGGCUGAGGCUGCGAAAGGCGAGGCGGAGAAAGAGAGGGAGGAAGCGGAGAAGGCAAGGAGUGAGGCUGAGCAGAAGAGAGAGGAGGCUGAGGCAGCGAAAUGCGAAGCGGAGAAAGAGAGGGAGGAAGCGGAGAAGGCAAGGAGUGAGGCUGAGCAGAAGAGAGAGGAGGCUGAAGCAGCAAAAUGUGAAGCGGAGAAAGAGAGGGAGGAAGCAGAGAAGGCGAGGAGUGAGGCUGAGCAGAAGAGAGAGGAGGCUGAUGCUGCGAAUGGCGAGGCGGAGAAAGAGAGGGAGGAAGCGGAGAAGGCAAGGAGUGAGGCUGAGCAGAAGAGGGAGGAAGCAGAGAAGGCGAGGAGUGAGGCUGAGCAGAGUAGAGAGGAGGCUGAGGCUGCGAAAGGCGAGGCGGAGAAAGAGAGGGAGGAAGCGGAGAAGGCAAGGAGUGAGGCUGAGCAGAAGAGAGAGGAGGCUGAGGCAGCGAAAUGCGAAGCGGAGAAAGAGAGGGAGGAAGCGGAGAAGGCAAGGAGUGAGGCUGAGCAGAAGAGAGAGGAGGCUGAGGCAGCGAAAUGCGAAGCGGAGAAAGAGAGGGAGGAAGCGGAGAAGGCAAGGACGGAGAAGGCAAGGAGUGAGGCUGAGCAGAAGAGAGAGGAGGCUGAGGCAGCGAAAUGCGAAGCGGAGAAAGAGAGGGAGGAAGCGGAGAAGGCAAGGAGUGAGGCUGAGCAGAAGAGAGAGGAGGCUGAAGCAGCAAAAUGUGAAGCGGAGAAAGAGAGGGAGGAAGCAGAGAAGGCGAGGAGUGAGGCUGAGCAGAAGAGAGAGGAGGCUGAUGCUGCGAAUGGCGAGGCGGAGAAAGAGAGGGAGGAAGCGGAGAAGGCAAGGAGUGAGGCUGAGCAGAAGAGGGAGGAAGCAGAGAAGGCGAGGAGUGAGGCUGAGCAGAGUAGAGAGGAGGCUGAGGCUGCGAAAGGCGAGGCGGAGAAAGAGAGGGAGGAAGCGGAGAAGGCAAGGAGUGAGGCUGAGCAGAAGAGAGAGGAGGCUGAGGCAGCGAAAUGCGAAGCGGAGAAAGAGAGGGAGGAAGCGGAGAAGGCAAGGAGUGAGGCUGAGCAGAAGAGAGAGGAGGCUGAGGCAGCGAAAUGCGAAGCGGAGAAAGAGAGGGAGGAAGCGGAGAAGGCAAGGAGUGAGGCUGAGCAGAAGAGAGGGGAGGCUGAAGCAGCAAAAUGCGAGGCGGAGAAAGAGAGGGAGGAAGCGGAGAAGGCAAGGAGUGAGGCUGAGCAGAAGAGGGAGGAAGCAGAGAAGGCGAGGAGUGAGGCUGAGCAGAAGAGAGAGGAGGCUGAGGCAGCAAAAUGCGAAGCGGGGAGAGAGAGGGAGGAAGCGGAGAAGGCAAGGAGUGAGGCUGAGCAGAAGAGAGAGGAGGCUGAGGCAGCGAAAUGCGAGGCGGAGAAAGAGAGGGAGGAAGCGGAGAAGGCAAGGAGUGAGGCUGAGCAAAAGAGGGAGGAAGCGGAGAAGGCAAGGAGUGAGGCUGAGCAGAAGAGAGAGGAGGCUGAGGCUGCGAAAGGCGAGGCGGAGAAAGAGAGGGAGGAAGCGGAGAAGGCAAGGAGUGAGGCUGAGCAGAAGAGGGAGGAAGCAGAGAAGGCGAGGAGUGAGGCUGAGCAGAAGAGAGAGGAGGCUGAGGCAGCGAAAUGCGAAGCGGAGAAAGAGAGGGAGGAAGCGGAGAAGGCAAGGAGUGAGGCUGAGCAGAAGAGAGAGGAGGCUGAAGCAGCGAAAUGCGAAGCGGAUAAAGAGAGGGAGGAAGCAGAGAAGGCGAGGAGUGAGGCUGAGCAGAAGAGAGAGGAGGCUGAGGCAGCGAAAUGCGAGGCGGAGAAAGAGAGGGAGGAAGCGGAGAAGGCAAGGAGUGAGGCUGAGCAGAAGAGGGAGGAAGCAGAGAAGGCGAGGAGUGAGGCUGAGCAGAAGAGAGAGGAGGCUGAGGCAGCGAAAUGCGAGGCGGAGAAAGAGAGGGAGGAAGCGGAGAAGGCAAGGAGUGAGGCUGAGCAGAAGAGAGAGGAGGCUGAAGUAGCAAAAUGCGAAGCGGAGAAAGAGAGGGAGGAAGCGGAGAAGGCAAGGAGUGAGGCUGAGCAGAAGAGGGAGGAAGCAGAGAAGGCGAGGAGUGAGGCUGAGCAGAAGAGAGAGGAGGCUGAGGCAGCGAAAUGCGAGGCGGAGAAAGAGAGGGAGGAAGCGGAGAAGGCAAGGACGGAGAAAGAGAGGGAGGAAGCGGAGAAGGCAAGGAGUGAGGCGGAGCAGAAGAGAGAGGAGGCUGAAGCAGCAAAAUGCGAAGCGGACAAGGAGAGGGAGGAAGCGGAGAAGGCAAGGAGUGAGGCUGAGCAGAAGAGGGAGGAGGCUGAAGCAGCAAAAUGCGAAGCGGAGAAAGAGAGGGAGGAAGCGGAGAAGGCAAGGAGUGAGGCUGAGCAGAAGAGGGAGGAAGCAGAGAAGGCGAGGAGUGAGGCUGAGCAGAAGAGGGAGGAGGCUGAGGCUGCAAAAUGCGAGGCGGAGAAAGAGAGGGAGGAAGCGGAGAAGGCAAGGAGUGAGGCUGAGCAGAAGAGGGAGGAAGCAGAGAAGGCGAGGAGUGAGGCUGAGCAGAAGAGAGAGGAGGCUGAAGCAGCGAAAUGCGAAGCGGAGAAAGAGAGGGAGGAAGCGGAGAAGGCAAGGAGUGAGGCUGAGCAGAAGAGGGAGGAAGCAGAGAAGGCGAGGAGUGAGGCUGAGCAGAAGAGGGAGGAGGCUGAGGCUGCAAAAUGCGAGGCGGAGAAAGAGAGGGAGGAAGCGGAGAAGGCAAGGAGUGAGGCUGAGCAGAAGAGGGAGGAAGCAGAGAAGGCGAGGAGUGAGGCUGAGCAGAAGAGAGAGGAGGCUGAAGCAGCGAAAUGCGAAGCGGAGAAAGAGAGGGAGGAAGCGGAGAAGGCAAGGAGUGAGGCUGAGCAGAAGAGGGAGGAAGCAGAGAAGGCGAGGAGUGAGGCUGAGCAGAAGAGAGAGGAGGCUGAGGCAGCGAAAUGCGAGGCGGAGAAAGAGAGGGAGGAGACUGAGAGGAGGGGAAUGCUGGCUGAAGCGAAUUUAGCUGAUACCCUAAUGAGGUUGAGUGAGGCUUCACAUGCUGUUGACAGGGCCAAGAGGGAUGCUGACGAGGCAAGACGUGAUGCUGAUGUGGCAAGACAUGAUGCUGAUGUGGCACGACUUGACGCUGAUGCGGCAAGACACGCUGCUGAUGAAUUUAAACUUGCUGCUGAGCUGGCAAAACAAGCUGCUGACUUGGCAAGGCGAGAUGCUGAAGUGGCGAGGCGUGCAGCCGAGGAGGCAGAGGAGGAAAGGAAGAUGGCUGUGAGAAGGAGGGAGGAGGCUGGGAGGAAUGGGGAUGGAGAGGGAUGGGUGAAGGAAUUAGAACGGCUGAGGCUUGAAUUGGAGAUGGCUAGAAGGGACAGGGAGAUUGCAAGGAAAGAGCUUGAAAAAGUGAGAAGGGAUGGGGAGAGUGUGAGGGAGGUGCUUCAGAAGGUGGGAAGGGAUGGAGAUAGUGUGAAGGAGGAGCUAGAGAGAGUGAGAGGGGAGUUGGGGAGAGUGAGAAGGGAGCUGGAACGGGUGACGGAGGCUAAGAGGGAGAGUGUGCGGAAUCUGAGCGAGUCAUUGGUCGCUUCUGAGGAGCAGAGGAAGAAGCUGGUGGAGCUGCUUCGAAUGGCCGAGAGCUUCGAAGGGUUUUCAACAUCGCUCUGUCGGAGUCAUCAUUCGGAUACCAGCGCAUCGCACCUUGUGGAUAAGGCGUGCAGCGAGUACCUGGCGGAACCUGAUUGGACCACCAAUCUCCAGCUCUGCGACCUUCUCAAUGUAUCGCCAGGCAAGGUGGGAGAUGCCAUGCGAGCCGUUCACAAGAAGGUCACCUCACGCCAUCCACAAGUGCAGCUCUCCGCUCUCACUCUGCUGGAAACCGUGAUGAAGAAUUGUGGAGGGGCGGUGCACGCUCAGGUGGUGGAGAAAGGAGUGCUUGCUGACGUGGCAAAGAUCGCCAAGAAAGGAGGGGCGAGCCCAGCAGCAACAGCGAGGGCACGAGGGCUCAUCCAGGAGUGGGCGGACGUGUUCCCCCCUGGCCCCACCUGCCGCCACACAGAGUACUUUCUCACGUUCGACGAGCUCAAGAGGAGUGGUGUCCCCUUUCCCCCCCAACGUCACAGCGCUAGCCCCGCCCACCACUCCCCCUCGAUCCCCAUGCCAGCUCCCGAGCGUGCAGCAGCCAGUCACGGCGUGCCACCUGGCGGCCUGCCCCCGCACCUGCAUCCCCAUGCCAGCCAGUCCACCCCUCCUCAGCUCUACAACUCCCCCACUUACGGCAGCCCUGUUGGGGGGUACAGUCCGGGGAACCCUCCUGCUGCUUACAACGGAGCAGCUUAUAACGGAGCUGCUUAUGAUGGUGCACGGUCUCCUCUUGGUGGUCCCAGGGCGUUGCCGCCCCAGCCGUAUCCCCCUCCGUUGCACUACCAGCAGCAGCAGCAGCAGCAGCAGCAGCAGCAGCAGCAGCAGCAGCAGCCACAGGCUCAGCAGCAGCAGAGCGGGAGUGGGACACAGGACGGGGCGAAUGCGAAACCUAUGAGUCUAGCGGACAUCACAACGGGGUUGAAUUCGGUGGAGGUGUUAUCUGACCUGCUCUCAGCCGCGCCCAAGGACAACCCUGCGUCUGUGUUGGGGGACGAGUUGGUGCAGCAGCUGGUGGGGGAGUGCCGGGGGUUGGAAGGACGCCUAACAGCCACAAUCAAUUUUACCAGUGAUGAGCACCUAUUGCGCUCCGCCCUGGCGCUCAACGAUGAGGUGCAGGCAGUUAUGAAGCGCCACAGCCAGCUACAGAAAACCUCCGCUUCUGCUGCUCCUGGUGGUGGUGGUGCGUCUGCUGCUGGGUCGACAGCAGCAGCAGCAGCAGCAGGAGGGGUGCAGUGGGCGCAGUACGAUGGGGAGGGCAACACCGACAGCGAGCCGACUAUCCAGCUCGACAGGCGCGGGUGA